AAGUGAUGAGUUCAGUGAUCAGUCAGUCAUCUGUUCGUCCGCUCCUCCGGGUCUCACAGGGCUCUCCAUGAGACAUGGCGCUACCUGAAAAAACCUCCAGACCAUCUGCUCCCAAGAAGGUCCCCAAGCAUCGCGCCCUGCAGCACCAGAGCCUGCCCUCCCCUGCCCUGUGCUGCGCCUGCGGCCUGUGCAUCAUGCUGGCCGGUAUCAACAUCACCCUGGUGGGAGCUUUCGCCUUUGGCACCUUCCUCCCUAGUGCUAACCCACCCAUCAUCAUCGGGCCUCUUCUCUUAAUGAUAGCCCUGGCCUUUUUCACAGCCUGCUGUGUGGUCAGCAGGAGCCCCCCGGCCCACAUGACCCACAAGGCUAAAGGAGGUGAGAAGUGGGGGCUGAUGCGGAUGGGGACGGCGGCGUUUGAGAUGGAGACGAGCGAGCACACACUGCAGGACACCACGGCCGUUCAGCUCAGCCCCACCAACUCCCCCACCUCCUCUCACAAGUCCAGCUCCAGCCACGGGGGCGACAACGCUCCACCUACAGCGUGUCAGGAUGGAGCCGCUGAGCUGCACAUAUCAGAGAUGUCUGACACUGGAGAUAACCCCACCUUGACCUCUGGCAGCAAGGAGGCUGCUCAGAACACUUCCUCUACGUAGCAAGGACUUUCCUCUGCAACCUGGAUGUUUGAGUGUUUAAUUGUUGCUGUUUACAGGGUAGAAAUGUGUCGUGCAAAACCUGAUAGUAGCUUAUUCACUGUGUUAUGUUGAAUAUUCAUUGCUCAGUCCCAGGAUGCACAUUACAUUCCCAGGAACAGGAGAUGACACCUUAAUCCAAGUGCCUGUUUGUGUACUUAUCGUUGUAUUAAACAUCCAGUUAAGGCAGAUUAUCCUGCAGUCACGCCCUAUGGAUGGACUGUGGUUGUCACCUUAUAUGUCGGGAAAAGAAGACGAGUGUGUCGAGCCGAGCUUUUCUGAGUCAUGAGAGCUGGUCCUGUGUAAACCUGGUGAACAGUUUUUUCACACACUUUGACAGAAGUGUAAUAAUGUUACUUUUUAGUUGCUUGCAUCAGCUGCAGUGAGUGAGUGAGUCAAGAUCUGUGUCAAGAUGGAUACCCAGGAACAAAAUAGUGAAUGUGUAUUUCAUGUUGUAGUGCCAUUAGUAUUAUUCUUAUGUUGC